GUAAAUAUGUCAACGGAACAACUUAUACCAAAUGGCGGUGACUUACCUCCUCCGUGUUAUCAAGCAAAUCACAAAUAUAUCCGUCGAUAUAAAUGUGGAAAUCGUUGUAAUUCCAUCACAUUAACCAUAGCAGGUUUGAUAGUAAUACUAUUUGCCUACAAUAUCUUCUCGACUUUGAUGUUUCCAAACAUUGCUUUAAUUCGUUGGGGCAGAAUUUUUAAAAGCGACAGAACUGUUUUACUAAUUAGCAUGGAUGGAUUUCGCCAUGAUUACUUGGAAUUGGCUAAAGCUCAUCUGGGCUCUAAUUCAUUACCAAAUUUUGAUCGUCUUAUAUCAAAAGGUGUACGAGCUAUGAAAUCGAUCAAUGUUUAUCCCACAAUUACUUUACCUAAUCAUCGUACACUAAUUACGGGUUUGUAUCCAGAGAAUCAUGGAGUUGUUGGAAAUAGUCUAUUAGAUACGAAGUGGCCAAAUCAAACUUUCAGUAUAGGUGAUCAAGAAAGCUUAAAUCAUGCUCCAUGGUUAACUGAUUGGCCUGAACCUAUAUGGGUUACAUUACAAAAAGAGGGUGGUUAUGCUGGUUCAGUUUUAUGGCCUUUGACUGAUCAGUUUGUCAGCAAAGAUUUACCAUUUCAACGAGUUUCUGAAUAUGCUUUACUCAAUGACUAUGAACACCGAUAUGCAUAUGAUCAACGAAUCAGAGAUGUAUUAUGGUGGUUGGGAAAUCCGAAAUUUCAUUUAAAUCUAAUUUUAGCUUAUUUCGAUGAACCUGAUGAAACUGGUCAUUCAUAUGGUCCAAAUAGUAUACAUGUUGCGAAAGUUGUUCAAACCUUAGAUAAAAUACUUGGCCAAUUGUUAGACGAUAUUAAAAGACGUAAUCUUAUUGAUAAAGUAGAUAUUAUUCUAACUGCUGAUCAUGGUAUGUCUGAGACAUCAAAUACUCGACUUAUACCAUUGGAUAAAUAUAUUGAUAAUUCAUUGUACAAUUAUACUCAGUUAUCAACUAUGGGAUUUCUUUAUCCUGUGCCUGGGAAAUUUGAAGAAGUGUACCAACGCUUAAAAAAUGCGCAUCCACAUUUAGAUGUAUAUCGAAAAGAUGAAGUCCCUGCGUAUUUGAAUUUCAAUACCACUAACUCUCGUAUGCCUCCAUUGGUACUUAUUGCUAAACCACGGUGGAAAAUUGUAAAGAACACUUCACAUCCUUACGCCAAUGUCUCUGGUGAUCAUGGUUAUGCAACAGACUUCUCUGAAAUGUAUCCUUUCUUUAUCGCAAGUGGUCCUUCUUUCAGGAUUGGUGAAAGCAUUCCUACUGUCUAUGCUGUAGACGUCUAUCCAUUAAUGUGUGCACUACUAAAUAUUCAACCGAAUCCACACAAUGGGAGCCUGGAACGUAUCUCAAGCAUACUCAAACCUGAUGUCGCUAAUCGCCUUUUGAAUUUUAAUCGUGUGGAAUCGUCUGUCUUUGAUUCGCAAAUAGAUUUAAUGCAUAUAACGUUAGCAGUCUCAUGUGUGUUCACAUUCGCAUUCCUAUGUGUGCUAAUUUUAAAUGCAAAGCUUUAAUAAAUUUAAUGUCAUUCGUUCUC